AUGCUCUACGAUACGGCGCCAAUCGUCUCAGAGGAGGAUCCCACUGUCAAACGCAUCAACGAGUUUGUAGCUCGAUUGACGAGGGCCGCUCUUCCCGGCGCGCACCUCGUAGAGUUCUUCCCGUGGAUGAUCCAUAUACCUAGCGGGCUCGCGAGGUGGAAGAGGCAGGCCCAGGAAUGGUUCUUGCAAGACUCGCUCUUGUUCGAGGGUCUUUUCAAAGCCGUCCGCGAUCGCGUAGACCAGGGAGAUGAGAGGCCGAGCCUCUCUGCUAGUCUCAUAAACAAUGCUAGUCGACACGGACUCUCCGACAGGGAGAAUGCAUGGCUUGUCGGAACCAUGUACGGUGCCGCCACGGACACGAAUGCGUCUGUCAUGUCAUGGUGGAUAUUUGCGAUGGUUCUUCAUCCUGAAGUUCAGAAGCGCGGGCAGGCGGAGAUCGACGCUGUUGUGGGACGUGAAAGGUUGCCCACCUUUGCCGAUCUUGAUAAACUGCCGUACAUUCAUGGAAUAGCUAGAGAGACUCUGCGUUGGCGGAUGAUUGACCCCAUCGGCAUACCGCACCGCUCCACUGAGGAUGACUGGUAUGAGGGCUACUUCAUUCCUGCCGGCAGCGUGAUCGUGGCGAACGUGUGGCAUCUUAACCGGGAUGAAAGAAUCUACGGACCGGAUGCCAAGGAGUUCAAUCCUAGCCGCCAUCUCGACGAGAACGGUGCACUUCGUUCCGGUGUCUUCGCGGAGACUGCUGAUGAAGGCCACUUCACCUAUGGGUUUGGCAGACGCAUCUGCGUCGGGCGCCAUGUUGCGAACGACUCCCUGCUGAUUGAGAUCGCGAUGAUGCUGUGGUCUAUGAACAUUGAACGUCCGACAGAUGAGAAUGGGAAGCCCGUCGAUAUGGAUGUUGAGGGCUGCGUGGAGGAUGGGUUAUCUGUGUGA